CCAGCACAGCUCUUUGUCUGCGGGAGGAGAACCGGGAUGGGGCCUCUCCCCUCGCCUGCCAGCUUCAGAGCUGGCCUGGCCUGGGCUCUCCUUAGCGUCAGCCUGGGGAUGGAUUUCAGUUUGCAGGAAAGCUUGCUGUUAAAAUCCUUGGGUCUGAGCACCAAGCCCAGCCCCAAAAUCCCCGUUCCUGUGCCGUCUGUGCUCUGGCGGAUCUUCCAGAAGAGAAAGAUGCCUCCUGCAAACACAGAGCUGGCGGAUGGCUGUAGGGUGGAGGAAUUUAAUGUCCCGGGGAACAUCAUCCGUGUCCUCGCUGACCAAGGCCACUUCAUUCACAGCGGGCAGCCCCAGCCGUCGCUGUGCCUGCAGAAGCGUCUGUACUUUAAUCUCUCCGUGCUGGAGGAGGGCGAGCGCUUGACAAUGGCUCAGCUGGAGAUCAAAUUCAGCCACAACUCCUACCACGCGUCCAGCCAGGGGCAGGUUUUUGAGCUGAGGCUCUACCAAGCCCCCCGGCUGCCUCUGCGGGGAACGCCGUCCCCCGAGCCCGGCCGCACGCUGCUGGUGGAGCAGUCCUUCGCCCGGCUGCACAAGUCUCUGCUCUUCAACCUGAGCGGGGUGGCGAAGGACUGGAGAACUCACAGCAGGAAUCUGGGCCUGAUCCUGGAGAUCUCGGCGAGCGGCAGAGGCGGGGAAGCAGCUGGGGCGAGCGGGGGGCCGCAGAGCCUCUGCGCCAGCAUCGACUCCUUCCUGGAUACCUCCCUCCUGGUGGUGAGCCUCAGCCAGCAGCAGUGCCGGGCCUCCAGGAGGAGGAGAAGCGCUUACAACAUCCCCGUCACGCCGAGCAACCUCUGCAAGCCCAGGCGGCUUUACAUCAGCUUCAGCGACGUCGGCUGGGAGAACUGGAUCAUCGCCCCGCAGGGCUACAUGGCCAACUACUGCCUGGGUGAGUGCCCCUUCCCCCUGACGGCCGAGCUCAACAGCACCAACCACGCCAUCCUGCAGACCAUGGUGCACUCGCUGGACCCCGAGGGGACUCCCCAGCCCUGCUGCGUCCCCGUCAGGCUGUCCCCGAUCUCCAUCCUCUAUUAUGACAACGACGACAACGUGGUGCUGAGGCACUACGAGGACAUGGUGGUGGAUGAGUGUGGCUGCCGGUAGCGGGAGCGGCUGCGUGGGUGCGCGCCGUGGGGUGGGGGUCCUGGGUGAAAAGUUGAACGGUUGAUGGAAUAAACCCACGUGCGUUAAAUCCCCGCUGUGCUGGUGUUUAGGGAGUUUCCCUUGGGACGGGGAGUGUCAGAGCUCCCUCCCCUCUGCCCUGCCUCCUUCGGGUGCAGCCAGGGGGGAGGUCAGGCACAGAGGGAUCAUUUUGGGGUUGUGCUUUAGUGACAGCUUGUGCUUGGCCCUGCACGCCACGCAGCCAGAGCCAGCAGAUGGCUAUGGGAUGAUGACCAAGGCCCUGGGAGUCCGGUUGUCCAUUCUUUGCGGGCGAUGGUGGCACCAGGUUGUGAAUCCCGGCCCCUUCUUGUGCCUGGCAGAGCAGCCAGGGAGGCACCCGCACGGCUCAGCAGCAGCCGGGCUUGUGCUUUUUCAGCUUUUGGGCUAAAUGCUGCAGCUUUUUGCGGUGUAAAAUAGAAAUGACCUAGUUAAUGACGUGAUGCUGACACGUCCCUGCUGCCCUGCGGCUGGGUUAGGCUGCAGGAUUGUUAGGUUUGGGGAUAAGGGGGGCAGUGGUGCUGAGCGCCUGCAGGGUGCUGUGACGUGUUUUGGCUGAGGGCUGUGUGAAGCAGGGGCAGCCGCACUGCAAGGUGAAGGGGAGCAGGGGGAGGCGGUGGCAUCCCGGUCCUUUUCGGGGUGUCUCAGAGGUUCCUUCAGCUCCUGGGCAAGGCGCUGAGAGCAGGAUCCCCGCUGGUGGCUGCAGAACCAGCCUGAAAAGCAGCCAGAGCCUGGUGGCACCCGGCAGCAGCUUUGCACACCGCAGCAGUGUUACAGCCCUCAUAAUUCAGGCACCACGUUGAUGUGCUUAUGCAGUUUUGGGGUUCCUUUUGCUUAGUUUUUAUUUUGGUGAUUCUUUUGUUUGGCUUUUUAAGGACGUGAGGCCCAGCCUGCAGCUGCUGGCUGUGGUCCCCAGUCCGUUGCAGUAGUGUGGGUGUGCUCCUGAGGCUGUGUAACGCCGUUAACAAAGCCAGCAGCCCCGUGUCGGGUGAGACCCAGCUUUGCACCAUCCCCUCUGAGCAACGGUGACCACUGAGGAGUUGCUGCUUUGCUUCCCCCUUUCCCUACAUGGGCUGUAAAGUCAGAGCAGCUGCACUGUAACGCCCGGGGCAGAGCUUUGGGGCUGUGCCCUGUGGGGUUACACAGGCAGCGUGUGCUGAGGCAGCACCAACGCUUCCCCAGGGGCUUGCCUGGCACACCUGAAGCUUUGCUUUGCUUCUUUUUUUUUUUUGGGGGGGGUGGAGUGGGGACACACAAGGAAUCUGAGUUAGACUUGAAGUUGUUUUUUUUAAUUUUAAUUUUUUUAAUAUGAGCCUGACGGUGUAGCAUGGAUUUCUUUUUUUUUUAAUUAUUAUUUUUGGUACCUCCGUUGUAUUGUCUUCAAGGUCCGAUGAAGUAUUACCAGGCUAAGCUGGGCCUUCUCCCUCCUGGGAAGCACUGAAGGUUUAACCACUGUUUAGUUAGCAGAGGAAACAUCCUCCCGCCCUGUGACAGUGUUUUUGAACACACCUGAAACACGUAGCUGAAGACCAAGACUGGAGUAGGUUGAUAUAUUAGUACUGUAGCAUGCUAACACUUUCUUGUCCAAGCACAUUUCUCAACUUCCCCACAGCUGAGCAGCAAGCACCAGGGUUAGCCCAGCCCCUGAACCAGAGCUUCAUGGAUAGCAAGGUCAGGCACUUAAAUGUUUUAAGGGGUUAAAGUGGGACUUCACUUGCUCUGCUAAAGCAACCAGGAACCAUUUCUUCCCAAUGUGAGAUGGGCAGUAUUCACGAAAAACAAAGUUUUUUGUAUUUGUGCUAAGGAACAGAAGAGCUCAGCAGCCAGAGCCAGGCUGAGCAUUGAUGUAAGUCAUGUGUAAGUGCCACGAGAAGGGGAAGCACAAGGUAGGAGACUUUCAGGCUGGACUUGUCACCUCCCGAACCAGCGCUUUGUCACUGCUGCAGUUCCCCCCCUGCACAGGGGUACAGGGUUGUAAUGUUUGCAUUUGAGCCAGAGGAGGGAAGGGAGGUAGGAAACUUAAAUAGAGUUUUCACAGUUCAUUUGCUUACCCAUGUACGCUGUGCCCACAUCCCACUUUUGUACUAGUCUGUGUUUAAAAAAAAAAAGUAAUAAACUUGAAGUUUAUACAAUCA